GCUAAAAAAAGUAGGUUUUCUAUGUGGCGUUUCCGUAUUGUGGUCUUCAUCUGGUCAUGACCAAAGGAAUCCUAAAUCCCAAAACUAAAUAAAACAAUGCAAAUUAAUAUUAGCAGUUUCUCACUUGAAAGCAGCAGCCCUAACAAUUAACGCUGCAUCACCCGAAACAUUCUGACAAAUGUUACUUGCUGGAUGAAAUCAAAUUUACCAUAUCGACAGCGGUAUUGGCAGAGUCCAUCCCGGCCACCCAUGAACUCCAGAAUUGAGUCAAAGUAGCCGCUGGCAGCCUCAAAGCUGCCUCUCAGAGAGUUGAGGCCCCAGUCGGUGUCCUCUUCAUUCACGCCAUCGGAUGCUGCAGAUGGAGGGGACGCUGCUGCGACAGUUUCCUCGUUUUUUUGAGUGACCGUACUGCGGAGGCACAGGAGCAGGAGGGGAGCGAUGAGGGCACAGCGGGUCAUCCUUGCAGCUCAGACAGUUCAACACACACAAACGAGAGGGCUCACGCCCUGAGAGGAAACAACACUGAAACGGCAUAACCUGAACUUUGAACCACACGUCAGGACAGCCUCGCAUGUGGAGGAACAAAGUUCAGGUUUUGUCUUGCAGAACUUGUAAUCAUUCUUUCUGAUUAAUGACACCCCCUUCUAUCACGUUCAGUCUAAUUUAAUUACUUAUAGGCUAACCCCAUUAAUUUAGAACAAACUGUCUUGAUCAUGCAGUUGUGGGGAACUUUUCACAAGUGGUCAAGUGUGUUGCUGGUGAGGUGGAAUUAUGCCUAGACGGUAAGUAAAAAAAUAAAAAGCAUCUAACGCCGAAACAGGUCAAACAAUACAAAAUAGAGGGCCAAAUAGCAGUUAUUUUUCAUACUUUUCUCAGGUGUGAAUCAGUUACAUUUACUGUGUUGUUUUUUUAGGAACGCUCCAUUUUUUAAUGGCUUACUUUUGUUUCUCUUGUAUCAUAUUCUUAUAUUUAGUGCUCUUAAUAAAGUUAUUUUGAAAGACAGACUUGCAUGUUCAACCUAGUUACCACCAUCAGUGUUACUGAUUAGCAUAUGACCAAUAUGCAUGAGUAAAAUCGAUGUGUCCAUUUUCCUUACUGCUUAUUCUCACUAGGGUCAUUGGCGUGCUGGAGCCUAUCCCAGCUAUCUUUGGGUGAGAGGCGGGGUACACCCUGAACUGGUCGCCACAUAUGGAUAUUCUCUUUAAGAAAGCCUAAACCUCACUUUAACUUUUUAAAAUAUUCUUCUUUUGAGGUUUAUUGACAUUUUGGAUUAACCUGAAGCACUGUGGUUCGGGAUGAGCAAAAAAUAAAAAGUAAAAAAGUGAGUAAAAACAAUUCUGCACACGGUCGCUUGCUUGACCAUAGUAAAGCGCCCUACAAUUAUUAUUUUAUUAUUAUUUUGAUUAGUUAAGCCCUUGCAAUGCUGCCUAAGCGCUGUGCCCAUGCAAAAGCUUCCUCCGGGGUGCCCAAGACGAAGAAGAAGAAGAUGAUGACCAUCAGCGACCUACUUCGCGGUUUUUCACCUUUCGCGGCGGGUUCUGUUCCCCAUUAACCGCGAAAAACGAGUUACAAUUUACCUUGAGUCCAUAGACAUCUGGAGCAAGCGCGUCGUACCCUAGUGACUUCUCUGGGAAACAAAAGAAUAUAUUGGCAUUUGUUAGCCACUUUAUUUAGUUGCAUGUAUGCAUUAAUUGUUUCUAAUGUGGAGAUUUCCGAAAUGUUUCUGUACUCACAAAAGAAAAUAGUUAUUUGAAUGUAUUUUAAAUGUUACAAAAUUCCGAGGGACUCCGAACGCGGCAAAGUCUUGUGACGCACAAUUUGCGCGACAGAACCAAAUUUGCUUGCACUGUCACGUUUAAUCCAGGUGUGGAAAAGAGUUAUUUAAAAAAAAAAAAAGACUUGGAUUUAUCCUCAUAAUGUCUUUCACAAACCUUUUUGCGAGUCUUUCUGAAAACGGUGCUCAGAGUCAUGGUCAGCCGUCUAUUACAAUCAGGGACGGCAUUGGCAAGGUCCAAAGAAGUACUAGAGGCAAAAAGAGGACGCGAAGAGGGGAGGCACCUGGUCCCUAUGUGAAGAGGCCAUGUCACCAGACACAGGCAAGCAGGACUGAUUUUGCUAUAUUUUCCCAAGAUGAUUAUUCCAAGAAUGUUAACUACCAUGUGCAGAAGAACACUGACGACGAGAAUACAAGGGCAGGAUUCACCAAGGGGGUAGCAUACAACUAUGGCAGUAAGGCCUGUUACACUGGCCCAAAUUUUAAAACAAAACACAAUGUGAACCAGCGACAACAGAGACUAGAGAAAAUGCACCAGAAAGGUCGACAGCAGCCGCGAAGACGGACUCAAAAUCAAGGGGGAAGCCAUCAGAUGAAAAGUUCAUGGAAAUCAGGAGACAGAACCGAAUACAGAAAUCAUAGGCUGAACCGGAAUCACACACAGUCCAUCAAAUACUUCACACCAGAGUUCAAGGAGCAGAAUGCCGUGUUGGUGAAUGGACAGGUCAUUUGCCGCCAUUUCCUUUAUGGAAGGUGCAUCAAGGGUGACAGCUGCCAAAUGCAGCACAUUCAAGCUUACAACGAUCUCAUCAAAGAAAGUUGCAAGUAUUACAUACAAGAAUGUUGCACGAAAGGGGAGCAAUGCCCAUUUAUGCACAAGUCCUUCCCCUGCAAAUUUUUCCAUAAAAAGGGACACUGUUCUAAAGGAGAGGACUGUAGGUUUUCUCACGAGCCACUGAAUGACAUCACCAUGAAAUUGUUGAAUGAGGUAAUGGAAUUAGAAAUGGAGCUUGCUAGGAAAACUGAACAGUCUUCAGUUCAGCCAGCGACAGAUGAACCAGAGGUCAAACAAGUUACCAAACCUGAUAUACCUGAAGAGUCAAAUAAGGGAUCUGAGAAGUUAGUACAGCCCUUCAGGUUUAACUUCUAUAACAGCGCUGACUCAAAUGCUUAUAAUAAGGGAACUUGUCCGAAUGAAGGCGUAGUGGAUGUCACUGAAGAAGAUGCCCGGUCACAUCAACCAGUGUGCCAGUCUCCAUUAAUUAACCUCUGUCCUGAACCACCUGUUUUGUAUUCCGCUGAAGCGGUGCUGGAACCUCAGUUGUCUAGUGUCUUCAAAACACCCAGGAGUCAAGGCCACUCAACCCUCUCGGUCUCUCCCACUUCCUCGGGUUGCAACGGAUCAGCAAACCAUUGCGAUGUCCCUUACGCAGUUAAUGUUGUCCUCGGGUCAUCUAAAUCCACAGAGAGCUCGACUUUGGUUAACACACCUACCGCUGCUGCGCCAACGCCACAGGUCAUAUCAUAUACUCCAACAGUUGAACAGAGUUCAGUGAGCCAAGAUAACAAAGCCUCAGAUUUAUUACCUACGAAAAAUGAAGCUAACAAAGUGCUGAGAGAGACUCGGAAAAAGGCGUCAGUCCUCCAAGUGGAUCGGGUUAUUCAUUGUGACAAUACACCAGUGCCUGCUACGUCCUCAAAAAUCACCCAAGCAGAGAAGUGUGCAGAAUGCAUAACAGGACCCUCAAGUUGUAAGACCUCUCGUUAUUUUCUUAGAAAGGAAGAAACCCAGCAACUACCAACAGACAUUUCAUCCUCUGUAGACUGCACUCCAUGUACAAAGUCCCGUAGGAGUGGGUUUCAAAGCCUUUUUUCAUGCCACCCUAGUCGGUUAUCUACUCCAAAACACUCCCCACCCUUCAAGUCCCAUCCAUUGUAUGUGACAAAUGAUAUUCAUACUCUUAGUCUCUCGCCUCAGAGGUCCACACAGUUUAAAGAGAGUGCUGCUGUUGCUGCUGCACCUGUCAACACCUCCUCUCAUAUUAGUGCUUCUGGGAAACCCAACGAUCACCUUCCUUUGCAGUGUCCAUCAUCCAAAAACACACCUUCUGCUUUCAAUUCUGGGGCGCAACAGGGAUAUUCUUCAAGUAGAACCAUAACGCAGCAUAAAACUGAUUGUCUUGACCCGUCGGGACGUGGAUGUAAUGUAACCUUAAAAACACCAUUUAAAAGCCUUUUUGUGAGCAUUGUAGACACCCAGAGUUCAACACGAGAUAGGCCGACAACCUCAUGCAGCCCCCACCAAUGUACUCAGUCUGUCUCUGCUUCUCCCAAGUCUACUUAUGUCAAAUACCAAGAUUCUUCCAUUAAAAUAACUGCUGAAUCAGACCAGGCUUGUGCGAGGUCUCUGUCGAGCCUUUUUGCCACCCCUCUCAGUGAACUAGAGGCUCCUCUCACUCUCCUCUCUCCACCCAGCGUGUCUCGGGGAAACCAUUCGUACAAGCCAAGAGACGCAGCAGGUCCUUUGUUAGACGCCGCUCAAAGUGAAGCUCCCCUUCCAAACCUUGUCACUGAUUGUGUCCCUCAAGUGCCACAAGCAUCCUCCUCCACAGAAAAUGACAUAAUAGUUGAUCCAAAGCAGCAAAACUUAAAGAAUCAAGAAUCAAGCCCAUAUAUAUCAGCAAGCCAACAGCAGCUACCCGUCAUGCCACCCUACGUUGAUUCUUCACCAGCAGCUACUUCAAAUUCAGUCUUGAAAACACUCUUCUUGUGCCUGAGCCCGUAUCAACAAGACAGACAGUAAUUGGACGGUAUUCAAUUUGUUUUUCAGUUACAGUAGCUAUAAAGUGGUAUGUUUCUCCUGAGUGAAAUUCAGGUCGAUGGAUUUGGAUGCCCACCCAAACCCGUUUGGAUUCCGCAACCCUCUCCCCGCAGGUGGAUGGAUGCCCGGGGCCACCGUCCCGUCUGCAACCCAACCCCCCGCCCCCACACCCCACUGCUCGCCCAAUCAUUAAACUUAGAUAUUGAGCAAUGGAAUUCAAUAUACAAAAAAAACCCAAAAAAGACAGCAACAGGCGAUUGCCUAACCUGUUGUGUAAUGCAAAUUUCUAGAUUACAAUUUCUAGAUAAAGCAAAACACUAUCACUGGAUAAUGUGAACUCACCACUUUUGAGGUUGAGAACAGUGAUUAGAUCACUCUACAGAGAAACCUGUUUUAUUUUAUUUCCCCUUCAUACAAAAUUUUGCACAUUGAACAAAGCACGUUCUUGAGGGGCGUCAUUUUUCCUGAAAGGCAAGGAAGGGGGCUGGCGAAGUGCUCCAGUUCACACAUUGACUUUAAAAUUCAGUGUUUAUUCUAGAUGCAGUAAUGUGUAUCAUUAUUGUAUUACUGUCUAUUGAA